CCUUAAACCACCCUCGCCUCCUCGCCCCCUCUCGCCUCUUCUACCUGCUGUCGAUGAAGGGCUUCUCAAAACGGGCUCUGUACACAACAUCGCCUGGCCAUCUCAAUUGCACUACCGCUGCCACCAGUCAUCUUCCCCUAUCCUCCUUGCCGUGGUUGCAUUCAAUCCAGCAGCACCCUUGCGCGCUCUUACCCCUUACCAUCCCCAUCAACUUCUCCCCGCAGACACUCAACACCGCCAACGCACCUUUUGCACCCAUAAUUGGCAACCUGCCGUGCACCCAGCAGUUAAUAUCCCCAGCCAGUUUUCUCAUUCCCAUCCCAAUUCAGGAACGGUUCCAGCGCUUGCACAUCCAUACAGAUCUUGCAUAUCAAAAUCAGGUUCCUCCGCACAGACCGACUGGUCAUCGCCUGCAUCUGGACUUGCCCCUGCCUACGUGAAGUUGCGCCAAAGCCUACGCCUACGCCUACGCGGGGUUCAGGUGAUUCUUCAGCGACCCCUCCACUGCUCUCCAACGUCAAUAUCAUCCUCUCAACACGUCUCCUCAACCACCCUCCGUUUUCCUCGGGGGUUCUGUUCAUCCGCCUCCACCAUGUCUUCCGUAUCUCAACCCCAGACGCCUGCGACCCUCGAUAGCCCCUCACGAGAACACAGGCACCGUCCUGUAGAGAGAUUGACGGAUCGACUCGAGACCCCAACCCUUGAUGAUCGAUCAUACAGAGUCAUUCGACUUCCCAACCAGCUCGAGGUUCUCUUGGUUCACGAUGCCGAAACAGACAAGGCCAGCGCGGCCAUGGACGUGAACGUGGGAAAUUUCAGUGAUGAGGAGGAAAUGCCAGGCAUGGCUCACGCCGUGGAGCAUUGUAAGUGCAUAUAUAUUGGUCCAAUUGCUGCAUUGAAACCACCUUUGCUAACAUCUUACUAGUGCUUUUCAUGGGCACCAAGAAGGUACGUUGAAUUGAAGCAUUUUACGCAGAAUAUUCCAGCAUUCUCUUGUAACCACCAUUCAUGAGCACAGCUAACAUUCCUCCAGUAUCCUAUCGAGAAUGCCUACUCCCAGUACCUCUCCUCCCACUCCGGCAGCUCCAACGCAUACACCGGCGCAACGUCAACGAACUAUUACUUCGAGGUUGCCGCUAAGCCUGCAGAAGAUGCAGGUCCGGAAGAGUCAUCGCCACUUUAUGGUGCCCUGGAUCGAUUCGCGCAGUUCUUCAUAGAUCCUCUUUUCCUUGAUUCCACUUUAGACCGAGAGUUACGCGCAGUAGAUUCGGAGAACAAGAAGAAUUUACAAAGCGAUCAAUGGCGGUUACAUCAAUUGGAGAAGUCCCUCUCAAACCCAAAACAUCCAUACUGCCAUUUUUCUACUGGGAAUUUUGAAGUUUUGAAGACGCAACCUGAAGCUAGAGGGGUCGAUGUUAGACAAAAGUUUAUGGACUUUCAUGAGAAGCAUUAUUCUGCAAAUCGGAUGAAGCUGGUAAUUUUAGGACGAGAAUCCCUGGAUGAAUUGGAGGAAUGGGCAGCUGAUCUUUUUGCUGGCGUACGCAACAAGGACCUACCCCAAAACCGCUGGGAAACUGAGGUGCCUUUCGGAGAGGGAGAUCUGUUGACUCAAUGUUUUACCAAGCCAGUGAUGGACUCGAGAGAAUUGAAUCUUACAUUUCCAUUCAUGGAUGAGGAGCUGCUUUUUGAGUCACAGCCCAGCAGAUAUAUCAGCCAUUUGAUUGGACAUGAAGGCCCGGGAAGUAUCAUGGCAUACAUCAAAUCCAAGGGUUGGGCCAAUGGCUUGAGUGCAGGUGCAUAUCCUGUCUGCCCUGGAACACCCGGGAUUUUCAACUGCCAGAUCCGGCUUACCGAAGACGGGCUGAAGAACUACAAGGAAAUCGUCAAAGUUUUCUUCCAGUAUGUAUCGCUACUGCAAGAGAAUUCGCCUCAGGAAUGGAUCUUCCAGGAGCAAAAGGGCCUGGCCGAUGUCGCCUUCAAGUUCAAGCAGAAGACUCCAGCAAGUAGGUUCACAAGCAAGAUUAGUGCUGUCAUGCAAACACUAUUACCACGAGAAUGGCUCCUCAGCGGACACAGCAGGUAUGUUUACUGCUUGAUAAUAUCUACUCUUUGUGAGUUAGUCAUGGUUUGCAACUAACGUUCGGAUCUAUAGACUUCGCAAAUUUGAUCCGGUAGGUAUCAAGGAAUGCCUGUCAUACCUGAGACCCGAUAACUUUAGGGUGACGGUGGUAUCUCAGAAGUUCCCAGGAACAUGGGAAUCAAAAGAGAAGUGGUAUGGUACUGAAUACACAUAUGGAAAGAUCCCUGUGGAGUUUGUCGAGGAAAUCAAAAAAGCCGCCCAAAGCACAUCUAACAGCAGAUUCCCAGAAUUACAUCUUCCACACGUAAAUCAGUUUAUUCCCACUAAGCUAGAAGUUGAGAAGAAGGAAGUAAAGGAGCCCGCUAUUUCACCCAAGUUGAUCAGAAUUGAUGACUUGGCCAGGACAUGGUACAAAAAGGGUACGUGAAAUACCACCUCUAUUGAUUUUCUCAUACUGACAUACACCAAAGAUGAUACCUUCUGGGUCCCGAAGGCUAAUCUCUUUGUCCAUUGUCGCAAUACGUUGACUCAGGCAACUGCCGAGAAUUGUUUGAAGGCGCAAUUGUAUACUGAUGUCGUAAGAGACGCGUUGGAAGAGUAUUCGUAUGACGCAGAGCUAGCUGGUCUUGAUUAUUCUAUCUCCAGCCACUCGAUGGGGAUCAAAUUCGAUGUAUCUGGUUAUAAUGAUAAGCUUCCUGUCCUCUUGGAGAAGGUCCUGAUUACCAUGCGAGACCUCGAAGUCAAGCCAGAAAGAUUCGAAAUCAUCAAGGAGAGAUAUGCUCGUGGCUUGAAAAAUUGGGAUUUCCAACAGCCGUAUAACCAAGUCGGCAGCUUCACCAGAUGGUUAAACACCGAAAAUGGAUAUAUCAACGAGCAAUUACUUGCAGAGCUGGAUCAUCUGACUGCGGCUGACAUCCAGCAAUUUUACCCUCAACUUCUCCACCAAAUGCAUAUCGAAACAUUUGUUCACGGAAACCUCUACAAAGAGGACGUACUGAAACUCAGCGACCUGAUUGAAAUCACGUUGAAGCCAAGAAUCCUGCCUCAAACACAAUGGCCUAUUUCCAGAUCCUUGGUCUUCCCCCCUAGAUCCAAUUACAUAUACCAUAAGACACUGAAAGACCCCGCCAAUGUCAACCACUGCAUAGAAUAUCUUUUGUUCGUCGGAGACAAGGCAGAGCGUCAGGUUCGAGCCAAGACAUUGCUACUGGACCAAAUGACCCAGGAGCCUGCAUUCGACCAGUUGCGAACUAAGGAACAACUUGGAUAUGUUGUAUUCAGCGGUGCGCGAACAACCAAGACCACCAUCGGCUAUCGAUUUAUUAUCCAAAGUGAAAAGACGCCGGAAUAUUUGGAGUCAAGAAUUGAUUUGUUCCUCGAUGGAUUCAUCAAAACACUUACUAACAUGUCUGACUCGGAUUUUGAAGGCCACAAGAGAAGUCUGAUAACCAAGCGCCUGGAAAAACUCAAGAACCUCGACCAGGAGUCAAGUCGUCUUUGGAUGGCUAUUGAUAGCGAGUAUUUUGAUUUCGAGCUUGGUAAGAACAUUCAGAUGAUUAAGUCGUGCGUUUACUAACAAAGAGAUAGCCCGAGAGGAUGCAGCAAAUAUCAAAUCACUGACCAAGGCAGAGAUGAUUGAAUAUUACAACUAUUUCAUCCUUCCUUCAUCUCCAAGUCGUGCCAAAUUGGCCAUCCAUCUCAAUGCCCAAACACCGGACACAGCGGCUGUAGAAAAUGGCCUCAAGACUCUAGCUCUAAACAAGGAUAAGAAAGACGAAGAGGAUGGCGAAGUGGUCCCAGUUGUGACGGCAGGAAAUGGCACGACACCAUAUAUCAUUACCGACGUGCGGGAGUUCAAGUCGAGACUACAAGUCAGCGCUGGACCCCAACCCGUCAAACACAUCAGCGAAUUUGAAGAGAUGGAGCCGAAGUUGUAGAAAAAGAUUCCGUUACGUUAGAAUUUCUAGCUAGUUUUCUUCCUUGUCGAGCAUUCUGCAUGGCGAAGUGUCUUACUUCAUUUUUUCAGGUGUCUGGAAUGGAUAUGGUUAUUGAUUGGUUUCUUGCAUUGAAAGAACUCAUACGUUUUCUAGGAUGGGAUUGGGCCUUCGAUGACGGACUCGAGUGUAGUUGGUUCGCUUGAAUUAGCUGUGGGGUUGGUGGUUGUUGGUUUGAAAUGUGCAUUGUAGAUACCCUUACCCCAGUGUUACAUUGACACACAUGCCAUUCAUGAU